AUGACGUCUCUGGCCACAACCAUCAACAUGAAACCACUCGUCACUCCGGCGCCGAUGCAAACUUUUGUGGCAGACGAGGCCGCAGCGUUCGCGGGCAGUUCGCACCUGCCGAAUCAGACAUCGCUCGCCCGUCAGAUCCUGCACAACCUCCAGUUCCAGCAUGACUGGUCCGAUCUCGAGCUGCACACGCAAUCCCCCGUCACCAAUGCGCCCCUACCCCGCCCUCUGCUUUCUGGCUUGCCACCCCACCGUCUCUACGUCCACCCCGACGAGCAGGUCGAGCUGUUGAAGAAGGCAGACCGUGAGCGCAAGGCACGCGCGGCCGGGGAGCUGGCUGGCCUGGACGUCAACGCAGCGCCUGAGCGUGAAUGGAUCCUGCCCACCAGACUCAAUGAGAAGUGGACGUUGCGCCGGUUGGCGGCUGUCUUUGAUGGCAUCAGCAUGGUCCCGCCUCCAGCACGCUCGUCUGGCACAGAGCAGAACACCGCCUCGAACCCCUUUAGAACGACGAAGCGAGUGCUGUUGGGCACAGUAGACACGGACAGCACGGUUGUCUACUACAUUAUACACGACGGCGUGGUCAAGCCCCGCCAAAACUGA